AUUUGAUUCCCCGUGCUCGAGUAUCGUGUUUUGAAGUUUGAAACGUGUAGUUUAUAGGUUAUUGUGAAUUGUAUUUUUAAAUAUGGGUAAAAUAAGGAAACGUAAGCCAAAUAAGAGCCAAUCUCCAGAAUCAAUUGAAACGUUUGAAGAGGAAUUACAAAUUGACUCUAAGGAAAAUGCAAUUCAAACAAUAAUUGAUCAAUUACAGGCCGUUAAUGUAGAAGAAAAAUAUUGUGGACUGCAGACGUUUGCUAUGUUAAUAGAAAGUGAAGAGAAUAUAGCACAAGUCAUUGAAAGGGGACUAAUAAAAAUAAUCGCUCCUCUCCUCUUAGAUCCUGCUAGUUCAGUAAGAAAUGCAGCAGCUGGUUCUCUUAGGAAUUUAUCUGUAUUAAAACUUGAUGUGUGUGAGAUUUUAAUGGAACAAGAUGUUAUGACACCAUUGAUAUGUUAUUUUCACCAGUUUACAGAAACAUGGGUUCCCGAUGCUGGCUCAAAAACAAAAGAUGAAGACAUUGAUACUCUUAUCCAAUGUGUUAACCUUUUACUCAAUUUAUGUGAAAGUUCAGACUUGGCAGUGAAAUAUUUGAGUGAAUCAAGAAUAUUAGACAUAUUUCCAAGAUAUUUGGACUUGCACACAUUUGGAAAUGACAUUGUCAUAGCUGUGAUGCAAUGCCUUUUUGUUGUUGUUGAAGAUAAUUCUAUUGCAAUUACAAAAAUCAAGACAUCCUCGGAGAAUCAAUUGAAACACUUAUUAAUUUUGGACAGUAAUGAACCUCCUAUACUUUUGAUAAAAACUCUGGCAGCGGGAAUUGUUAUUAAUACAUGUAGAGGCAAUAUUUCAUCUUUACCAGUUGAUGUGAUAAAUCCAAUAAUGCAACUAUUAGCUACAACAUUGUCACUUGACCACAGAACAGCAUGUCACCAACUCUCUAGUUCUGUCCCUUUAAAGAAUAGUUCAGGGAAAUUUGAUGCACCUAAAGGAAAAAACGCUCAAAUAUUACAGGAACAAAUAAAAGCUGUUUUGUACUUGCUUGAUGGACAACAAAGUGCCAUAGAGAUUAUAGCUAACAUCUGCUCAUGUGAUGAUGAUGAUGAUGAUAUAGAUGAAAUGGAAUCAUCAGAAAGUGAAGAAACAGCAGAAGAUGAGAUGUGUACUAAUGGUGAAGGCGUUGUCCAUGCAGAAGACAAAUUACCUCCAGAAGUAAUGGAAGCUAUGAUAUCCUUAGAUAUAUUUGAUAAAGUUUGGUCUCGCACACAGCUGCCCGCUGAGAAUGUUAUGAUGAUUUUGAAGGAGUAUGAAGAGUCACAACUUGUUCCUAAAAAGCUUUAUAAUCUACAAACACGUGCACUAUUAUGUAUAAAUAAUAUGCUAUCAACUUUACCAAUAAAUAAACUUGGAGGUGUCAAUGGAGUGUAUAAGAUCUGGGUGGAUGCUGGAAAGCUAGUAUUUAAGCAAAAUUCCGACAAUGUUAAUCUUUUGGAGUCUGCAACAGCAGUCAUGAGAGCUGCUUUAGAUAAAAUUAAAUUACGGGAAAAUAAUGCAGCUGAGAGUUCUCUAUUCAGCGAUUUAGCAUUGUCAGAUAUUGAGAUUAUGCUUACAGGAAUAAAAGAUUGUCAAGUACCAGAGAUAAGAUCCAACCUGAUUCGGAUGAUUGGCACAUUAGCAUUGUUGUUAAUAAAUAAUUUAAAUGAUACAACCACAACGGUUAUAUGCACGAUUACGGAGUUCAUUUUGGAGCAGGCCCAUAAAGAAAAUGAAGUAUGGGUACUUGCAGAAGCUAUAGAUACACUGGUUGACUUAUAUUCUGAAGACGAAACGGAUAGUAUAGCAGCAAACGUCAAACUUGUUGAAAAACUGGCCAGUUUAGCACCAAUACUUAAAAAUAAAGCACGGCAACAAAGAAAACUUCCAAAAGAAUACAAGGUGCUGGUGUCCACUGCGAGUUCAAAUCUACCCAGGUUUAUAAAGUACAAAAAGGCCCGGAUAAAUAACUUAUAGACCUAUAAUUAUAGGACAAAUUAUUUAUAUACAUAUAUCCAUAUUAAAUACAUACUUU